CACAAGUGCAUGAGUCCAUUUAUACAUACGUUAAGUCCAAACUGAAACAAAGAGUGUAAAGAAAGAGAGAGAGAGAGAGAUGAGCAUGACAACGAAGUCAGUUUCUUACUUCGCCAUAAUUUUCAUCCUCUUUCUGGUUGUGUUUGAAGUGCCGAAGACAGAAGCGCAAGAUAGAAGAUGCCUUAAAGAAUACGGCGGCGACGUGGGUUUCAGCUUCUGCGCGCCGCGGAUAUAUCCAUCGUUCUGUUAUCGGAGAUGCCGUCAGAACAAGGGCGCCAAAGGUGGAAAAUGCCGUUCAGAGGCCGGCACUGGUAGUAUGAAAUGCUUAUGCGAUUUCUGCAGCGACACGCCUUAAAUCAAAUUAUAAGCGAUCGUUACAUACUUUCCGUAGACGCGGGCGACGCCUUGUGUUUGAAUCUUGUAUGUAUCCUGGUUUGUUUGUGUAAUAAUAAAGGCAAAUGAUCUAAGUAGUAACGGAACUAGUGAAUCAAGUGAAAAAGGAAAUAAAGAGAUGUACGAUUCUGUUUUCUGUAAUUAUACUUUGACAUCAAUUAACAGUAAAAGAUCAA